AGAAAGAGAGAAAGAGAGAGAGAGAGAGAGAGAGAGAGAGAGAGAGAGAGAGCAAGCGAGUGCGCAAGACAGUGAGAGAGUGUGUGUGUGUGUGAGAGAGAGAGAGAGAGAGAGAGAGAGAGAGAAAGAGAGAGAGACAGCGCGCCCGCCGAACGACACGGCUGUAUCUGUACCUGUCCGGAUGGGGAUGGAGAUGCUGCAUGGAUCCGCAGGUGUCCAAACGGCGAAGGCGCUGAAAUACGCCGCCGUGUGCCUGAUGCUGCUGCCGCGCUUCCUGCUGGCGGCCGUGAUGCUGUGGCUCCUGGAUUUCCUGUGCAUCCGGAGGAAGGUGCUCACUAGGAUGCGGGAGAGCGACCUGAGCAGCCCCGACGACCCGCCGCUCUGCGUAUCCGACUCCAACAAGAUGUUCACGCUCGAGUCGCUGCGCGCCGUGUGGUACGGCCAGAAGCUGGACUUCUUCAAGACGGCGCAUCUGGGCGGCGCGGCGCCCAACACCGAGGUGGUUCCGCUGGACGGCGAGCCGCGGAGAUCCGCGCAGCGCAUCCUGGACUACGCCCGCGGGAGGAGACCCCUCAUCCUGAACUUCGGCAGCUGCUCCUGACCGCCGUUCAUGACGCGCCUGUCGGCGUUCCAGCGCGUCGCCCGGCAGUACGCGGACAUCGCGGACUCGCUGCUGGUCUACAUCGAGGAAGCGCAUCCGUCGGACGGCUGGGUGAGUUCCGACGCGCCCUACCAGAUCCCCCGGCACCGCUGCCUGGAGGACAGACUCCGCGCCGCGCAGCUCAUGAACCAGGAGGUGCCGGGGAGCGCCGUGGUCGUGGACACCAUGGAGAACUCGUCCAACUCGGCGUACGGCGCCUACUUCGAGCGCCUCUACAUACUGAAGGACGAGAAGGUCGUGUAUCAAGGCGGCAGGGGUCCCGAAGGCUACCGGAUCUCAGAGCUCAGAGACUGGCUGGAGCGCUACCGGAACGAUCUGGAAGCUUCCAAAGCGGCGACGGUGGUUCACGUGUAAUGCACGAAUGGAUGGAUGGAUGCACGGAUGUUUUCUUUCCCUCAGCCCCGCUCUCGUGUCCUUAUCAUGAAGUCAUUGGCCGUGUUUCAAAACCUAGCGACUGUCUCGGCGUUUCCGAAAAGUUCCAUUACAGCUUCUUCGAACCUCACAGUGAAGGCACUGCUCGCGUUUCGCUCUACACUUUCUCAAACAGCGGUUUCUGCUACGCCGCGCUCUUCUGAGAUGUUCUCAAGAAGGUCUUGACGGAACACGCAUUGAUGAGCUUGAGCCAGGCUUUUCGACCAGGGGUCCACGCACUGUAAAAGCGCUUCUCAGUGUGGACCCCUGGGGGCCCGUGAAGGUACUCCAGGAGAACGUUUUUUUACCUUGUCAUUUUUGGUGGCUCACAUGUACGAAGGAUGGAUGUUUUUCCAGCGCACUCUUGUGUCUUUAUAUUCAAGUCAUGAACUGUGUUCAAAACUCUGUGAACGCGCACUCUCACAUUAGAAACGCUAAAUACCGUCAAAAAGUUCCUGAUGUUUCCUUACAGGUUCUGAUUAAUGUAAACAUGAACUAAUGAUCUGUUCAGAAUUGCAAUUCAAACACGCAUUCUGCGCAUCGCAGGCGCACUUGAUGGCCACUACAUUGCGCAGCUCGCCAGGUUUUGAACACAGCCGUCAAAUCAGUGUCUUCAGCUGCUGCUACAGUCAACCGCAAUACUGCAAAUGUUGGGUUUUAGUUUCAGUUAUCUAGACAGAUGUUUAUGUUGUCAGUGGCCAUGCGACCGCAUGAUAGCUGUUGUGCUUUCGUCUCUGUUCUUUAGGCCUACUUGUUUUAUGUCAAUCCAACCUGGCAUUUUAUUUGAGAUGUUGCAAAACGGUAUAUCUAUCUAUCUGAAACAUAUCCUAUUUUAUUUUUGUAUGGUAUCUUUCCCUUGUGAGUGUGUGUAUGUAUGUGUGUGUGUGUGCGCGCGCGGCCAGGAGGCCGUUUCAUUGUACUCUGGAGUUAUUGUGAAGAUCGGUUUUUAAAAGGAUUUUAACCAGAAAACCGAUACUGAUGUAAUUUGACACUAGAGUACAGGACAGAGAAAUGGCCUCCAGACGUAUUGCCAAAUGUUGUUUUGUAAAUGGUGUAUAUUUUAUUGAACACUUUUUUUAAAUAAAUGGUAGAGCACCCUCUAAA